AUGGAGGCAUUGGCGACUCUAGAUUCCCGGCCUGCGCGUCGGAAGUUCAGUAAGCCGCCUGUCAAGGUAGCUUGUCUAUCCUGCCGCACAUUACGAAUCCGCUGCGACGGCCAGAACCCAUGCACGAAUUGCAUCGCCAAGAAUGCGAACUGCUUCUACGUCCCCAGCCGCCGUGGCGGACCACGAAACUGCCAGAACCGCAAGCGAAGAAAGGCUCCGGCAUCGAUUCCAGUAUCAGUAGCGACAGUGCCAGGUCCUGAGCCUGCCGUACAAGAAAAUGAUAGAUCGGAUACGCAUGCGACGGACACGGAGGAGAGGAGAAGUCAGCAAUCGUCGUCGUUUGAGGGGGGUGUUGAGCAGACGACGUCGGGGUCUCUGUCUGGGUCUGGGUUUAGUUCUGAAAUUGGGUCUGAUGAUGCGGAUUGGUUCCAUCAGCUUAUGGACUUGAGUGAACCUGGGGCUGGGUUGAGGAAUGUUGAGAUGCCGAUUGCUGAGAUCGAGUCGAUUUUUGAUUCGAUAUUUGCUGGGGAGCAAGGCGGUACUGAGGUGCCUGAUGCGAAUGUGCAUUUUCCGAUGGUGGAUUUGGUGCAGAUAUACGGGAGUUAUGGGGAUAUUCUCGACGCCUACUACAUCUUCAUCCACCCAUACUAUCCCGCCCUACCACCACCCGAACGCCUCCCCGUGUACAACCGGCCAUUGCGCCAGAAGUCAACCUUUCAUCCAUCCUCCCCACUCAGUCUCGCCAUAGCAGCCCUACUAGUCCUAAUACCACACCCAGAUGAGAAAGAUCCCUCGCGCCCUGAGUACGUGAAGCUCCGACGAGACACAGCACAUUCAUUCGCACAGGCCGCUCUCGAAGCCGUAGAGGUCGAUUCAGAACUAGUUGCUUCAUCCAGUGACCCGUCAAGUGCUCUAUCCGAGGGCGUGCCACAACUCGACCGCGAUCCAUUCCAUCCGUUCGUACCGGUGUGCUUGGAGAGUGUGUUGGCGUUGCUGCUACUGAGUGUGUAUGAGUAUGCGCAGCGCGGGAAUAUCAACAAAAUGCGGAAUCGGGCUGGACAGGCAUUGACGACGGCGAUGAGUAUCUCGUUGCAUGAGACUGUUGAGGAAGAUGAGUUUGCGGAGGCGAAGCGGAGGGCUUGGUGGAUGACGUAUAUGGCAGUGUGUCAAGGGUCGAUUGUCAGCAGUGUACCACCCGUCUUCAACGUAUACGACCCACGCUUCGUCACGCCAUAUCCGGAGAGCUGGAAAUUUCUCAUCGAAGCCCAACAAACAAUCCUCGAAGCAACAACAUUCGUGCACGACCUCGACCAAGCAGCGAAGACCCCAUACAACGCGUCCUGGAUCCCGCAACGCAUGCAAGAACUCGACAGCCAAAUCACCUCCCUACUCCUACUGUGUAAACCUUCACAAUCAUCAUCGAUGCCGCAGACGCCUGUCGUGGGAUUGGAUUCCCCCGAGGUGGCAGCGUUAAAGGCUAUGGGGUAUAUAGCGGAGAUCAAGCUGCAGAGCGCGCGGAUCAAAACCCACCGCUUCAACGCCUUCAAAGACAUCCCCAUCUUCCGCCGCAGGCACUGCGACCUCGAACCCCUUAGAGCACCAACACCAGCGCAAUCACCAAUAACACCCUCCUGCUGCCGCAUGAAAAUUCCGCCCAUCUCCUCAAUUCCCUCCCCGGAGAACUCAAUCUCCAACUCAAGCUCAAUUUCGUCCUCCAUGCCAUCAAUCCGAUUCCCCUUCUCCUCACACGUCUCCUCGAAGAUAUGCCUGCAUGCUGCACUUAGCAUCGUUACAUUAUUAGAUAAUCUACCCUAUCCGAACCCUACUAACGAGAUUCCGUGGACGAUACCGCCAUAUCUAUCAUGGAACUCGCGCGUCGAGAUACCACGCACAAUGCCGACGUUUGCAUGCUGUGCUAUGCAAUCCGGGUAUGCGCUAUUGAUGCUGUGUUUUAAGGCGAGGGCUUUCAAUAGAUACAAUAGAAGCGGUGGUGGUAGCAGAGCAGUUGAUAGUCCAACCGCAAACGCAAGCGCAGGUAUAGGUGGUAAUGGGAGCCCAUCACUGAAUGGCUUCAUGAACGAGUUACAGCAGAACCUAAGGCUUGUGGUGAGAUGCUUGGGGAAUUACUCGAUUGCGUUCGAGGCGAUGCAGGGGAUGAGGGAUGAGAUUCUGGGGGCUGUGGAGAGGGGGUUUGGGGAGGCUUGA